AGAAACACAGUUAUUUACAGAAAUGUCGGAAGAAGCUGAAGCUGGACCAUCGCCAAAAGUUAAUGGGGAAAAUGGAAACGGAACAAAUACGUUCGACGACUUGUACGUGGAUGACAAAAUGCGUCGAAUGAUUGUCGACCUUCAGCGUCAAUGGCUCACGGAUUAUCACGAUAGCCGCGAGAAAUCUCUCGUUGCUCUAACUGAAAAACUCCAUCAAGAAUUCAUGGAAGAUCAGGAGCGAGUCCGUCGCGAUUUGUUGGUUCAGUUCAAGAUAGAGCUCGACCAGACAAAGGAAGAGCUGGAGAAGAAGCACGCGGAGAAUCUCAAGGAGGAGAUUGAAAAGCUGUCGGAAAAACACCAAAGGGAACUUGCUGUCGCUAAGAAGAAGCAGUGGUGCUGGCAAUGCAACAGCGAGGCAAUCUAUCAUUGCUGCUGGAACACUGCUUAUUGCAGCGUUGAAUGCCAACAAGGACACUGGCAGAUUCAUCGCAAGUUCUGCCGCAGAAAGAAGAGCAACGGUGGAGCCCCAGGACCAGUUCAGCCAAUUGCUGAGCCUACUCAAAGUCAACAAUGAUUGAAACUUAAAUAAUAUGCUAUCUGCGAGCCGGAGGCCCUUUGAAAAGUAACAAAGCUUGUGUCAGGUUUUCGAAGUUUAUCUCAUCACACAUCCCGUUUUCUGUGUUACUACUGUAUAUCUUCUCUCCAAUAACAUGCAAUAUUUUUCUAUAAUCCCAUGACAACAACAAUUUUAAGAUCUUCUAUAUAAAUCCUGUUAAUUAGGAAUUUGGAUCAAUUUCGGAGAGAUCUCAAACUUGUGUUAAUUCCUUCGAGAAAUAAUCAAGAAAUUAUGUGAAUAAAGUUUAUUUUGAU